CUUCUUAUCAUUAGCAUGACGAGUGGCUAAUAUGGUGUAAUUGUUGUGGUUUUCGUCGUCAAAAGAUGGCAGCAAAUGGGAACACGCAGCAUUCGGCUUGCUACUAAGAGAUCAAAAUACACACACACACACACACACACACACACACACCACCAGUGCUAUAUUAGUCCACUAUUAAGAGUGAGUAUAGUUGGAGGAUAAAGAAAUGUACAAGUAAAAAAAAAAACACUGAGAUAGUUGCACUAGUAGCACAGAAAAAGUAUCAAUAAAUUAAUGAAUGAGUGAAAAUGUCACAUUUUGCAGGAAGCGCAAAAGCGCUUGUCAGUCAGUGCACAGGAACAGAAAUGUUUUGUACUGGGGCGCCAGCAACUCAAUAACACACUACAAAAUAUUCCAGGAAAGAAACCCGAACUGUGGAUUGCGAAGACCGCGCGUCGUUGAGCGUCUGAAAGCCGAGCAUCACGUUGACUCGUUUGCGCUGCGUUGUUACACAACAUUGUCGGCGAUGGCCUGCUCCGGAAGCGUCUGUUGGACUGGACAACAAAAGCAAAACGGCCACAAUGACUCUCUUCCAAAACGGAACAAAGUCAAUCAAUACAAGGAAGGUUACCUUAGUUGGUUACUAGUGCCUUGAUAUACGUGUGCUGCCUCGAGCUCAAAGUAACGCCUACAUUGAGACGUCUCUAAUCCUCUCUCAGCUCGUGAGUACGGCACUAAUAUCGGUUGUUCUAUGCAGAAGAUAAAGAACAUAUGACUAAGUACUGGUAUUGUGCGUCUACAUGCUGCUGCUGCUGCUGCUGCACCAUUUGUGAUCAAGGAUUACACCACCACCACAUUUGCGUUAGCAUUAAGCUCGCCGAAGCGCUUUGCUUGUUUUAAAAACAAGGUGUAAUUCUCUGUUUUCUGUCUGUGAAGUGGGAGUGGGAUUAAUUUUUGGGACUUGAGGAGGGUUGAGUUUACGGCCACCAUAGAGCGCUCGAAUCGCAAGUCUAAACAAGAAAUCGUCCCAACUGAUGGCUUGUAUCUCAAGGCGCCACCGUAUGCAGAACGGCAACAAAAAAAGCGGAAUAAUUAUUGUUUGAUCUUGCAAAAAGGUACCAAUUGGAAUUUGUUCAUGUAUAAGCCUUCUUCAUAUUCCUGACCUUGCGGUUCUGUUGUCAGCACAGCAUCCGGAUUGUCGGCCUUCACCGUCUCCGCGUUCAGACUCUCUGAGAGGAAAACGCAAACGCAAGCUGUGGGUGCCAGCCUGGCAAACGGCGCGGCGGGAAAUCUUACGCCGGAUGCCGAAGCACAGCUUCUUCUUCUGGUACGAGAUGUAGCUGCUGACGGCGCCCGCCAGCGCCACGCCCACCGCGCUAACGAUGCCCGCGAUGGUGCCAACCUCGGCGGUGGUCUCUGCACAAAUGCGCACACAGGCACGCUGCAAACUGCUAAGUCAACUUUAAAGUGCAAGCCCUACCGCUAUUGUCGCCGCGUUGGUCGACACGAUCGCGAUCGCCGCUCGGUCGCCCGCCUGAAAAACGCCCGAAAUGAAGAACGACUGCGCCCGUUUGCCGCGAUGGUUAAAAGUGCCGGGGGGUUGUCACCUUUGCCUUUGUCGGGUUUGUAGCUGUCGUCUUUGCUGACAUCAAUCAGGUCGCUGUCAGAAAACCCUCCUGCACGUGCACACACCACAGUGGGUCAGAGGUCAAAAGAUGCGUUUGUGUGUUUGUGUCUUGGAAGGGGGGAAAAAAAAAAAAAAAACGUUUGAAUGCGGCCAAAACAGGAGGAGGAAUGAGUGCACCCGACAAAGGAAAGAGGAGAUAGCGAUGUCUGGGGAGGACAGCGCUCACCUCAACCUUUGACCUUGACCUUAACCCUAACGCUUGCUGACCCACCUCCGGGUCGGGGCCCCUCGUUCCGGUCGAUGUCGUUGUCGGGGUCCAGGGCGUCGGCCAGGUCCAAUUCGCCGGCGGCUGGCGGGAAGCGUCGGAAAGCCAAAAGAAAGAAAAACGGGAGCUGGACGGCCGCAUGCUGGCUGUGAUGACGUCAUCUUACCUGGUUUUCCCUUGGCCCUGUUCGGAGCCCCGGUGCCUGUAGGGGGAGGCGGUGCGACAAAUGAUUUCAAUGAAUGACGACUCGACGACGACAACGACGAUGUGGUAUUUGUUACCUGGCAAUGGCGCCGGCGUGGCUGUGAGCAACAGACACAACAUGAGGUCACAAGCGUCACAUUCACGUACGUGUAGGCACAUAUUCGCGUUUGCUAUUUGGAGCAAGCCUAGAAAUGACACUGAACUCGGCGACUUCCUAUGUUGGCAAAUGUCAUGUUUCAAAGUGACACUGACGAUGGGCCACGUUCGGAAUGUUGUGAUCCGCGCGCGUCGGAACGCUUCACUUUCCAGUACGUACUUUGAGCGUCGGCGGGGUCCAGCGCGUCGGCCAGGUCCAGACCCUGAGGCCGCACUGCAACGACAACAAAAUCACGUCAAUGGUCACCGUUCCAGAAAACUGCCAUCGGCCAGUCGUUCUCCUGCUUUCUGCUGACGGAAGGACAACAGCAAAGCUUUUUGCGUGCCUUCUUGUUGCUCACCCUCCCAACCUACAGGGGGCGCAACGGACCAUUGUUAGCAGCAUGAAGUGCCACCACUCAUUAUUAUUGGCAAUAGGUGUCAUUCUCCUCCUUUGCGGAAGCCAAAAAGCCAUCAACGGCAUUGAAAAAGCGGAUUAUUCAUGUAGAGUCAACACUGAAAAAAGUACUUAAUUUUCUGUUGCACAUGGUUAAUAUGCGGUCAACUCUCCUCGAAAAUAAUCCAAUUAUCAUCAUCAUCAUCAUCAUCAUCAUCCGUACCCUCUAGUGGUGCACUCGCCUGAUUUCGGUGCGGGCAGCGUGGGUUCAGUUCCCACUCAGUGACGGUGUGAAUGGUUGUCCGUGUCUAUAUGUGCCCUGCGACUGUUCAGGGUGUAGUCCGCCUUUGGCCCGAAGUCAGCUGGGAUAGGCUCCAGCGCCCCGCGACCCUAACCAGGAUAAGCGGCGUUGACAAUGGAUGGAUGGAUCAUUCGCACCCGAUCUACGUGUUCGAAUUCAAUCAAUUCAAAGGACUUGCUUUGUUUCCAGUGAAUAAUCCACAAGAGACCGACAGGACCGUUCAUUCUCUCGUGGGCCGGCGGUGCGGCAGAAAGCAGCACGCAUGCGCAGGACAACGGGCGCCUAUUCUUCAGAUUCUUGUUUAUGUUGCGGUUUACCUUGCACGGCGAGCAUCAGCAGCAUCAGCAGCAGCAUCGUCGUCGUCGUCGUCGUCGUCGGCGGCAGCAGCAGCGACGGCGAACCUCCGCGAGCCAUGACCGAAUCGAACCGUCCGCGAGCCGCGGGACGAAUCAAGCUGGAGCUUUUAGGGACGUGUCCCUUCGCGCACCCAGACGCUUCCGGCGCGUCCUUUCGAAAUAAAAGCCUUGGCGGGUGACGCCGUUUCCGAAAACGCUCGAAGCCUUGUUAUGUUGUUCCCCCAUCGACAGGAAGAAAUCCACGAACAAUGGGAACCGAGCCACGGUCAAAUCCCAACUACUGGAUUUUCAGACGUUGAAGUGGGCAGAAGGACAAUCCUCAUACAUGUUGCGUUUCGGACAGUACGCAAUGCGCAGCUAUUUUUGCUAAGCGUUUUGACUUUCCAUUUUAUUUCCUCAGUUUGCUCGGUGGGCGUGGCCUUUGGCAUUGGCGGCCGGCGGACACGAGCCCAAAAGCGCGCCCCAAGCCCGCGCGUGACCCAGACACGCAGACCCGACCCGACCCGACCCGACCCGAGCCAAGCAGCCACGACGUGGGCGACCCAGCGGCCAGCAGUGAUUCUCCAAGUGCGACGCGGGCUCCCUCUAGUGGUACGUGAAAGAGUGCGACGCGGGCUCCCUCUAGUGGAACUCUGUGCAUCUGGUGAUCCGGAAGGCGCGGUACGCCCCAGAGAACAAAGGCCCCGAGAGACCGCUGCACCUGGAGGUGUCGCUCGACAAGGAGGUGACACCUUGAAGGAAAUUCCAAAUUGGAAACUUGUCAUUGGAGUUGAAGCGGUACUACCACGGCGAGCGCAUCAGCGUCAGCGUCCACGUCUCCAACUACUCCAGCAAGACGGUGAAGAUCGCAGAACGAAAGGAGGUCGCAACACGGAGAUGUUGAGCAUCGUGGUGUCCUACGGGGUCAAAGUCGAGCUGGUGUUGUCUCUUGGAGGACCCUUUCCAAAAAAUGUGAAUAUACGGCAUCAUAGCACAUGCCCGGCCAACUCGCCGGAUCUAAACCCCAUUGAGAAUCGAUGGGGUAUUAUCAAGAGGAAAGUGAGGGGCAUCAGACCCAAAAACAAAGAAGAACUGACAGCAAGCAUCGAGGAAAUCUGGGCUUCCGUAACUCCCCGGCAACGCCGCCACAGGCUGAUGGCCUCAAUGCCGCGGCGCAUCCAGGCAGUGAUUCCCCGCCCAGCGUUGAAGAUGAACGCAUCGUUUUGAAAGGACAUGGCAGCGGAGCUUCCUUUUGUUCGGAUGCAUCCCAAGCCAGCGGAUCGUCGCUUUUGAUGGCGCGUAAGCGAGCGUCCUUGAGCUCCAACCAGCUUUUCUCGUCCACGUCACCUCACCUUCUUCCCCUCAAGUCGACGACCCGGCGUUGCGAGACUUGGCGACCCCCUCUGUUAGCGGUCGCCACGGUUACUGUCGGAUUGCAGCAGCGCCUCUGCCCAGGCCACAGUGGCAAUGCGUUUAUUCGUACACAAACACGCAGCAUCGAGAGGUUUGUUUUAACGGCUGACCAGAGAACAUCGAUGCAUUCCAAUUCGUAACCGGACUCUUUGUGCAGUCCAAAAGCAUUCACGGUGCGAGUUGUCUCAUUCAAGCGUUUGUCUGAAUAAAGAUGAAGAAAACAAGUGGUCCUCUCUUCAUGUUAGCUGCGAUGGCGGCGGCUGCUCCAACAUCACCUCGCAGGUCCGGCCCAGUUCUCCCAGUUUGACUUUGGCGUACUCUGCUCUGUUGAGUGCCAUCUGGCAGUCCUUCCUGGAUGAGUAGGUGGACCCCUCGUGAGGUUGGCCAGUGGCAACCUGGGGGGGGAAAUUCCACUGAGUGUUCACCCACGGAAAGGUGGCGUGCGCGCGCGUUACCUGUGUCAGGUAGCGGAUUUGGCCGCUCAGUUCGCCCUCCACUCGGUUGACUGAGCUCUGGAACUGGACCAGCUGUCUGUCCAGCAGGCUGGCGUUGUGUUUGUCUUUGGAAAGUUCCAUCAGGAUGUUGCCUGCGGAGCAAAUGCGGACACCGUACAUUGUGAUUCAUAUUUUGGCUCAGCAAGUGAAAACCUGAUUUGAUUGAAACAAUGUCAUGACAAUCUGUCCAAUUCGCUGCUAUGACAACGCGACGUAAAAUACUUUGUGAUGUCAGUUCCAUCAUUCGAUUCUAGUAUCCAGAAAACACCCAACUGAGGGGAACCUUUUUUUAAAAAAAAAAAAAAAAAAAAAAAACGAAGAACCACUGCGAAAUGCUGGAGCAUUACAUCAAAAGGAGUUAGUUUGUGGAUUAAUUGUACAAAUGAACUAAAAUGGUUCCGACUUUAGCCAAAUUGAGGAUGAGGAAAACAAAAACCUUGAACGACGAUGAGAAAACCCCCCAACCUCCUACGUGGAUUGUUUUGAUUGUGUGUCACGGAUUUGUUGUUCUUGUUGUAAGACGACUUUGAACUUCACCUAAAUGACAGAAACUGAAAUUCAAGAAGACCUUCGUUUCUGAACCAUGUCUGCAAAUGUGUGAGCGAGCCACUGGCAAAGUCUGACGACUUCCAAUGCCUUUCCAGCCUGAUUCUUAUUGAGUUUGUUUUGUUGUUCAGGAUAUUUCUUUUAUGAUGAAAUCCAAUGACGCUUUGUGGGUGUUGUCUCUUUCAUUUUUGACUCAAUAAUUGGCGAUGGGAGCUCACCGGCACACUGCAGCACCAUGGCGAUCUCCUUCUCCACCUCCUCCAGAGCUCGCAGGCGCUCGUUCGCCAUCAACAAACGCUUCAAAGUCGUCAA